GCGGGCUGAGAGCCCCCGGAACCCCACGCCAGAAGCAACUGAUAUUUGGGGUUCUGCCUUCUGGGGAUCGCAGCAGAGAAUAAAUAUGGCGGAGCUUUCUGAGACAGAAGGACCAGUAGACUGGAAAGAACGAUGUGUAGCUCUGGAGACACAGCUCAUGAAAUUUAGAGUUCAAGCAAGCAAGAUUAGAGAGCUCUUAGCAGAGAAGAUGCAGCAGCUUGAGCGGCAAGUUAUUGAUGCUGAACGUCAAGCAGAAAAAGCUUUUCAACAGGUACAAGUUAUGGAAGAAAAAUUAAAAGCAGCUAAUAUCCAAACCAGUGAAUCAGAGACAAGGUUGUAUAAAAAGUGUCAAGAUCUGGAGACUCAAAUACAGGAAAAAGAUGACAUAAUUCAGAACUUGGAGCUGCAACUUGAAGAGCAGAAACAAAUAAGAGUACAAGAAGCUAAAAUAAUAGAAGAGAAAGCAGCCAAGAUCAAAGAAUGGGUGACAGCUAAGUUAAACGAGCUGGAAUUGGAGAAGAAAAACCUUCGCUUGAUCAACCAAAAACAAACUGAAGAGAUAAGAGCGAUACAGGCAAAGCUACAAGAGGCUCCAGGAAAGAAGGUCUCAGCUGCCUCCACACUGAAGCUUCCAGAAGGCCAGCGCCUGAGCAGUCUAACCUUUGGGUGCUUUUCCUCCCGAGCAAGGAGUCCUCAAGUAGUAAAAUCUGAGGAAGCGAGCAAGAUAACAUCUAAAGAACUUGAGUUCCCUGAAGGAAAAGAUGUUGAAGAAAUGGAAAUUCCAGAAAAAUCUGCUGAUAACCAAAUGCAAGAAAACAACCGAGGUCAGAGGACAUUGCCUCAAAACCCUGGUGUUUCAGAACAGAAUCAGAAUGGGAGAACAAGCUUUCUAACGGACGGUGGCAUAUCCCAGAAUUCUGGGGCUCCAGCAAGUGACUGGAGUUCUGAUGAGGAAGAUGGGGGUAAAGGAAGAGCCAAGUCUAGGUAUACAUCUACCCUCUCCAGUCACACAUCGGAGGAAGGGGUCCAGGACAGCCGAAUGGGCAGUGACACUUACUUGACUGCAUCUGAUGACAGCAGUUCUAUAUUUGAAGAAGAGACUUUUGGCAUCAAGAAGCCAGAACACAAGAAGCUUUAUUCCUGGCAGCAGGAGGCACAAUGGAAAGCUCAUAACAGUUCUCUUGCAAAGGGAAACUCAGAAUCAAGUAAAAAAAAGCGUGAUAGUUCCUCAGAUGAACUGAAUAAAAGGUUUCAGUCUCAGAGACUGGAUUAUUCAUCUUCCUCGAGUGAGGCCAACACCCCAAGCCCUAUUUUAACCCCAGCUUUGAUGCCAAAGCAUCCCAACUCUCUCCCUGGAAAAGGAACAGCUUUGGGACCUUCAUCAAACCUGCCACCCCCAAAGUUAAGGAUUCCAAAUGUUUUCAGCAUAAGUGUUGCACUAGCCAGACGGCACUUGAGCCAGCCACAGUUAAGUUCCGAUAGGAUGUUUGGCACAAACAGAAAUGCCAUAAGUAUGAUCCGGCCACUGAGACCUCAGGAAACAGACCUCGAUCUUGUUGAUGGCAAUGGCACAGACAUUUCAGAAAGUAUGGACACCGGUUGUGACGACGGCCUAUCUUCCUAUGACUCCCUGGAGUCCCCAUGUUCAGAUGACCAGGCAGGCUGCAGCAAACCUCCUACUCCUCCCCUGCACCGUUUCCCCUCUUGGGAAAGCAGAAUUUAUGCUGUAGCCAAAUCAGGUAUUCGAAUGUCUGAGGCCUUCAAUAUGGAGAAUGUGAACAAAAAUUCUGUUGCGAUGCUUUCCUAUACCUCACCAGGACUUUACACGUCUCUCAUCUACAAGAAUGUGACAACGCCAGUGUAUACGACUUUGAAGGGGAAAGCGACUCAAAUAAGCAGCAGCCCAUUCCUGGAUGACUCCUCUGGGUCAGAGGAAGAAAGUAGCUCCAGGUCCAGCUCCCGGACAUCAGAGUCAGAUACACGCAGUCGGAGCAGGCCAGGCAGCCCCAGAGCCUUGAAGCGAGGUGUCUCUCUCUCUUCUGUGGCUUCUGAAAGUGAUUAUGCAAUUCCCCCAGAUGCUUACUGCACAGACACAGAGUCCUCACAGCCAGAGCAAAAGCUCCCUAAAACUUGUUCAUCUUCCAGUGAUAAUGGGAAAAAUGAACCACUGGAAAAAUCUGGCUAUCUAUUAAAAAUGAGUGGUAAGGUCAAGACCUGGAAGCGCAGAUGGUUUGUUCUUAAAGGUGGUGAAUUACUUUACUACAAAUCUCCGAGCGAUGUAAUUAGAAAACCCCAGGGCCAUAUUGAACUUAGUGCAGCAAGCAGUAUUUUAAGAGGCGAUAACAAACAAACAGUUCAGUUGACCACUGAAAAACACACAUACUAUCUGACCGCAGAUUCUCCCAAUAUCUUGGAGGAAUGGAUGAAAGUAUUACAGAAUGUUCUUCGAGUACAAGCUGCCAACCCUCUUUUCCUGCAGCCUGAGGGUAAACCAACUGUAAAGGGAUUGCUCACCAAGGUAAAACAUGGUUACUCCAAAAGAGUCUGGUGUACACUGAUAGGAAAAACAUUGUAUUAUUUUCGUGGUCAAGAAGAUAAGUUUCCUUUAGGUCAGAUCAAACUCUGGGAGGCUAAAGUUGAUGAGGUUGACAGGUCCUGUGAUUCAGAUGAAGAUUAUGAAGCCAGUGGGCGAAGUCUCCUGUCCACACAUUAUACCAUCGUGAUCCACCCCACAGACCAAGGUCCAACUUACCUGCUAAUUGGAUCCAAGCAUGAAAAGGACACUUGGCUCUAUCAUCUAACAGUUGCUGCUGGAAGUAACAAUGUAAAUGUUGGAUCUGAAUUUGAACAACUUGUGAGCAAACUGCUGAAUAUUGAAGGGGAACCUUCCUCUCAGAUAUGGAGACACCCAACUUUGUGUCACAGCAAAGAAGGAAUCACUUCUCCUCUGACAACACUACCUUCUGAAGCUCUGCAGACAGAAGCUAUUAAAUUAUUUAAGACCUGCCAGCUUUUUAUAAAUGCAGCAGUUGACUCACCAGCCAUUGAUUACCACAUAUCUCUGGCCCAGAGUGCUUUGCAAGUCUGUCUGAUGCAUCCUGAACUGCAGAAUGAAAUUUGCUGUCAACUCAUUAAACAGACCAGACGGAGACAGCCACAGAAUCAACCAGGACCAUUACAGGGCUGGCAGCUCUUGGCACUCUGUGUUGGGCUCUUCCUGCCCCAUCAUCCUUUCCUGUGGCUCCUCAGACUUCACCUAAAGAGGAAUGCGGAUUCCAGGACAGAAUUUGGAAAAUAUGCCAUUUACUGCCAGCGAUGUGUAGAAAGAACGCAGCAAAAUGGAGAUCGGGAAGCGAGACCUUCCAGAAUGGAAAUUCUUUCAACCCUUCUACGAAACCCUUAUCAUCAUUCUUUGCCCUUCAGUAUCCCUGUGCACUUCAUGAAUGGGAUAUACCAGGUAGUUGGAUUUGAUGCAUCUACCACAGUAGAAGAAUUUUUGAAUACAUUGAACCAGGAUACAGGAAUGAGGAAGCCAGCACAUUCUGGGUUUGCAUUGUUUACAGAUGAUCCUUCGGGCAGAGACUUAGAGCACUGUCUUCAAGGCAACAUCAAGAUCUGUGAUAUUAUUUCUAAAUGGGAACAGGCUUCCAAAGAACAGCAGCCUGGGAAAUGGGAAGGUACGAGAACUGUUCGUCUAACUUAUAAAAACAGACUCUAUUUCUCAGUGCAAGCUCGUGGGGAGACUGAUAGAGAAAAGUUGCUGUUAAUGUAUCAGACAAAUGAUCAAAUCAUAAAUGGGCUUUUUCCUCUGAACAAGGACCUGGCAUUAGAAAUGGCAGCACUUUUAGCUCAGGUGGAGAUUGGAGAUUUUGAAAGACCUUUUUCAACUCCAGCAGGACAUGUUACUAAUCAGUGCAAAGCAAACCAAACUCUAAAACAAGUCAUAGAGAAAUUUUAUCCUAAAAGAUACAGAGAUGACUCUUCUGAAGAACAGUUAAGGCAGCUUUGCCAGCGCCUGUCAACCAGAUGGAUGGCCCUUCGGGGCCACAGUGCGGCUGACUGUGUGCGUAUUUACUUGACAGUAGCCAGGAAGUGGCCGUUCUUUGGUGCCAAGUUGUUUCUUGCAAAACCUGUAACUCCAUCAUCACUUGGAAGUACUUUCAUGUGGCUGGCUAUACAUGAGGAUGGUUUAAGCAUCUUAGAGUACAACUCCAUGAGGUUAAUAGUCAGCUAUGUGUACAAGAGCCUAAUGACCUUUGGAGGGUAUCAAGAUGAUUUUAUGAUAGUCAUUAACAAUACACAUUCAAAAGACAAACCAACAGAGAAAUUACUUUUUGCCAUGGCAAAACCAAAGAUUCUUGAAAUCACUCUUUUGAUUGCCAGUUACAUAAACAGUUUCCAUCAGCAAAAGGCAGCAUUUCAUCACCUCUCUGCACCAGCGCUGCUCUCAACCCAGACUCGGGGACCCCAAGCGAGGGCGAUGGGAAGCCAACCCCUUCUGUCAGGCAACAGACCCACCAAAGGCCCCACUUUGCUCUGA